AUGGCUGAAAAGUUCCAGCGCAUCGCCGAGCAUUUUGAGAUAGAAACAAAUGGCGAUCCAGGUUCCAAAGCCAAAGAGUACAUUUCCGACAUCAACUUGCGGAUCCAGAAGUAUUACUUCAAGGUCGAGUCGGCACGAGAUCAGGUCCUGGGCGAUAUCGUCUAUGUGUUUGUCAAUACCAAACAAGAUGCCGUGAUCCAGGCUUGCACGCCGUAUCUGCCUUCAGAACUAGACGCCAUCAAGCAGAUGAUAGAUUCAAUUGUGGCUGCUGAUUUUGAGUUUUGUUUGCCUUUCGGCAACGCUAAGCAGCAGGUCGCCAGUGUAGCCAAGCUACGGCUCGGUGACGCGGAUUAUUUCCUUUCCAGGCUUGUCAAUGAUGGCUGGUUCAACAUCACCUCCAACAACCGGGUAGUGCUAUCCACGCCAGCAAUUGCCGAACUCAAAACAUACCUUGUGGAUAGGUACGGCAAAUUCUCGCCGGAGGACCCUCAGGGCAAGCUUCUAGACUGCCAUGUGUGUGGCGAUCUUGUCACCUAUGGCAUCAAGUGCAAUCAGACAAGCUGCUCGACGUCAUUCCACAACAAGUGUUUCACAGUCUUUUCCAGACAAAACCCGGAGCUCAAGUGCCCUGGAACAUGCGAUUCAACCCUAUUACAAGAGCUCAUGCUCCAGGUUGGCGCAGACCCUUAA